AUGAAACCCCCUUCGGCAUCGGGUUCACUGAAGAACCCAGUGAAGUUCAGACUGCCAACAACCGAGAAUCUUGUACCUAUCCGUCUCGACAUCGAAAUUGAUGGUAAAAGAUUUAAAGAUGCUUUUACUUGGAACGCAAGUGAUCCUGACUCAGAAGUGGUGGUGUUUGCGAGGAGAACUGUGAAGGAUUUGAAAUUUCCUACUGCUUUUGUCACUCAGAUUGCUCAAUCCAUCCAGUCACAAUUGAUAGAAUUUCGGUCAUACGAAGGACAAGAUAUGCACACUGGCGAGAAAGUUGUUCCUAUCAAGCUUGAUCUCCAAGUAAAUCACACAGUUAUAAAGGACCAGUUUUUCUGGGACAUGAACAAUUUUGAGGGUGAUCCUGAAGAAUUUGCACGGACAUUUUGUGAAGAUAUGAAAAUUGAAGACCCAGAAGUUGGACCUGCAAUUGCCAUAGCAAUUAGAGAACAACUUUAUGAGAUUGCAAAGCAAGGUGUUGCAUCCGUGAGAGAAAACAGGACAAAUAAGAAAGGACGCAGAGGAAUGGAACAUCUCUCAGCCAGUAAAGUAGGUUCGCCUGCACUGGACCUGGGGAAGCUAUUCGACCCUGAUGGAAGUAUCCAACGGGGAAAGAGUGAAUGUGAUGCAUUUGAACCAAUUGUCAGUCACCUGUCAAAUGAAGAGGUGGAUGCCGUCGAGGCUAGAGAAGAGAGGCUUCCUCGGUGAUGCAGACAGUGUCUAUUGGAAUGGAUAUCAGCAGUUUAAAUGAGAAAUUGUUUUAAGUUUUAGAAUGAUGAAAUGAAACUAGUUCCUAGUAAAAGUAUAACCAAAAUCUCGUGUUUUAGAUAAUGUU